GGCCUCGGAAAAAGACAUGACUUGGGAUGACGCCACAUGGAUUCUCACCAGUUCUUUCAUCAUUUUCACAAUGCAGUCAGGAUUUGGCCUCCUCGAGUCUGGUGCUGUCUCCCACAAGAACGAAGUUAACAUAAUGGUUAAGAACACCAUGGAUGUUCUCUUCGGUGGCAUAACAUACUGGCUCUUCGGUUAUGGCAUAAGCUUUGGAGAAGCUCCAGGCUCCAAUCCGUUCAUGGGGGUUGGCUACUGGGCAGUCGAUGUACCAGAUGCCGAAAUGGGCGUUGUUUACUCAAGCUACAUUUUUCAGCUAUCCUUCGCUACUACAGCCACGACAAUUGUCUCUGGGGCAAUGGCUGAACGAACCCGAUUGACGGCGUAUAUAUUGUUUAGUUUUCUCAACACGAUUGUUUACAGCUUCCCAGCACACUGGAUUUGGGGAAGAAAUGGGUUUCUUAAUACGUUGGGUGCUAUUGAUAUAGCUGGUUCCGGGGUUGUGCACCUGUGUGGUGCUGUGACAGGUUUGGUGGCGGCCAUUUUACUGAAACCACGGUCUGGAAGAUACGACGACGGUCCCAACGAAUUGCCUCUUGGUAAUCCAACUAAUGCCAUAGUGGGCAUGUUUAUGUUAUGGUGGGGUUGGCUUGGUUUCAACUGUGGAAGCACGUUUGGUAUUUCUGGAGGCAAGUGGAAACUGGCGGCAAAAUCUGCUGCAACAACCAUUAAUGCUUCAAUUGGGGGAGGCAUUGCUGCCGUUAUCUUUAGCUACAUAAAGAACAAACGGAAAUAUGGCGUCUCUGACUUAGUGAAUGGAAUCCUAGGCUCCUUGGUGUCAAUAACUGCCUCGUGCGCUGUGGUGCGUCCUUGGGAGGCUUUGGUUAUAGGAGCUUUGGGGGGCGUUAUAACCAUAGCCACGGUGUCGCUUAUGGACAGAAUUAAAAUCGAUGAUCCGGUGUCAACAUUCGCAAUCCAUGGGAGCGCAGCUGUGUGGGGGUUGCUGGCAGUUGGCCUUUUCGUGGAGAUUGAUUACCUGGAAGAUAUGACCAAGGGACAUGCAGGACUGUUCAAGGGUGGAGGAAUGUAUCUGCUAGGCGUCCAAUCACUGGCUGUCAUUUGUAUUAUUGUGUGGUCAGCAGCAUUGUCUGUGCUGAUGCUUUAUGCGAUCCACAAAACCAUUGGACUGCGGAUGACACCUGAGGAGGAAAUGCUUGGCGCCGACCUGGUAGAACACAACAUUGGAAACUGGAACGACCCAGUUGUUUUCAUGCGUUCUAUUUCCGCCAGACCUUCUUUCCCGAGCGCCACCAGGCGGUCAGCAGUAUUCCCACUUCCCCCGGAGGUGUCAGUAGUGAGUCUGGCCAGCGCUUUGGAACGUGAACCCAAGCGUGAUAAUGAUCCUCGCGAACAAGCUGCGAUCACAAGUAAAUGAUAAUAACCUAACGGUACUCUUAUUAUAAGGUCUUGCGUGAGAUUGAAAACAUUUAACUGAUAGCAAAAUUAAUGAAACUGUAAUGUUGAACGCAUGUCCACGACAAAGAAACAAACAAUACAGCACUUUCCAGUAAUAGCACCUUACUAUGAAAUUUUGCCCGUCUUCUUGUUCAUAACAAGGGGCAAGGUGGGGUGCACAUACUCUUUUCUCUCAAUUCUUUUAAUUGUGAACAUUUGUAAUACGUAGUAUGGCUAAUUUAAGAAGAUCGAGCGCAUCUUUUCUUGAGCUAUGAGGUCAUAUUUCCAUUUGAUUUUGAA